UGUCAAUUUCACAUUAGUGUUUCACUACAAAUCGUUGGAUUAAAAUCAUCGCUCAAGUCGUCGAAGAAUAAUUUUUCUUUUUGAGAAAACUUUUUUGUUUGUUGUUCAACCGAACAUUCUGAACUUUCUGAUAAUUUUUGGAAAUUGUUUCUUUCUGUUUUUUGUUUGAUAAAUGUUAAUUUUGUGUCAAUGCUAUUCUCUGUAAAUGUGAAUUUUAGAUUAAAGAAAAAUCUUUCUUCUCAAAAAGGUUCUCGUACGGGUAAUUCCGGUAACCAUUUAGAAUUACAAGUGCUAACGCUCAUCCAAUACGUGCCGUGAUCGCAUAAAACUACACCAGCCCAAACAAAACUCUACACAGCGAAAUCCUUUUUUUUAUUAUCACGAAAAUAUAUAAAAAACUCAUCCAUCAAAAUGGUUCAAGGAGAACGAUAUGGGCCAGCUACCUGCUCGCGAAUUGAAAAGGACCAAGAGUCGAAGCGUACUGGUUUUGCCAAUUAUCAAAAGAAGUGUCAGACCGAACAGAAGCCACAAUAUACAUCUAAAGUUAGCACCAAUGUCCAGAAAGCUAAAGUUGAUGUAUGGGGCCCAAAGCUACGUAACGUGGAUCACUUCAAAAGUAUGCAUCAGUGUUAGUGCAGUUUAACACUUGCUACUGCUUCGAGGGGUAGCCAUUUUGUUCCCUUUUUCUUU